AUGUUCGAUGACUCGGACGGUGCGUCAUCUGAAGAUGAUAACUUCAGCACAUACGGUGAGUCUCCUAUCGAAGAAGACGAAGAUUCACCAACGCUACCUUCCAAGAAGAGAUAUCAGAACUUCUUGAUGAGCGAAUCUAAAGGGAAUCUGGAGGUUUUGAAGUUGGAGAUGUCGUCGUUAGACCUUGCGGUAGGACAACGAUACUUGACUAAAAAGCAUUUGAAGAGACGACUGAAACUUUUUACAGUGAGGCAUCAAUUUGAUUUUGAUGUAGAAAUAUCAAACCUGACAACAUACGUUGUUAAGUGUUGGGUUGAUGGAUGUACAUGGAGAGUUCGUGCAUCUACCGAAGGAUUGUCCCCGCAGUUUUAUAUUCGUAUUUACGACUCGGAUCAUGCAUGUUCUGUAACUGAGCGUUCUAAUCGAUCUCGAAAUGCAACACCGGAUAUUUUAGGAGAGUUGUACAAGAACUUUCUCGGCGACGUUGGUCCGGCCGUUCGCCCUGAGAGUGUCGGAAUAGCUAUCACUAAGCAGUUUGGUGUAAAGAUGGAAUAUUGGAAAUCACACCGGACGCUUAAAUGUGCAAGGGAAAUCGAUGAGGGCACACCUGAGUGUGGUUUUGAACUCUUGCCUUCUUACUUAUACAUGAUAAGAAGGGCAAAUCCGAAUACAGUUACGCGUCUUCAAAUCGAUGAGCUUGGAAGAUUCAUGUAUGUGUUUCUUGCGUUUGGUGCGAGCGUUAAUGGGUUUCCUUUCAUGCGCAAAGUUGUUGUCGUCGACGCCUUCGCAGUGGUUGACACUGAAAAUGAUGAUUCAUGGAAUUGGUUUUUUACGCAACUAAAAGUGUUGAUUCCUGACCAGGAGGGUCUUGCGAUAAUAUCAGAUAGGCAUAACUCGAUAGGGAAAGCAAUUACAAAUGUGUAUUCGUUAGCUGCUCGUGGAAUAUGCACCUAUCAUUUGUAUAAAAACAUAUUGGGACGGUACAAAGGAAAAGAUGUAUUUCGGCUGGUGAAGAAAGCGGCGAGAUGUUUUAGAAUGUCUGACUUUGAUAUGAUUUUCGAGGAGAUUGAAGCACUUAAUCCUGAUCUCCACGGCUACCUCGAAAGAGCUGAUGUCAGACUGUGGACACGUGUUUAUUUCCCGGGCGAGAGGUACAAUUUGAUGACUACGAACAUAGCGGAAUCAAUGAACAGAGCAUUAUCGCAUGCUAGAGGUCUUAACAUUGUUCGAAUAUUGGAAUCGAUACGGGUUAUGAUGACCAGAUGGUUUGCUGAACGAAGAGUGGAUGCCAGAUCGCAGUCAACCACACUCACGCGCGGUGUGGAGAAACUAUUACAAGGACGUGUAAGUGCCUCCCGGGAUUGGACGGUUCAAAGGAUUGAUGACCAUCACACUGAAGUUAAAUAUGGCGCUGCUGGCGAGUCUUUGAAUGUUGUUAAUUUGGUUGAGCGAAAGUGCACAUGUCGGCGUUUCGAUGUCGAGAAAAUACCAUGUGUACACGCAAUCGCAGCUGCAGAGGAAAGAAAUGUUUCUCGUAUAUCACUGUGCAGUCCUUACUAUAAAAGCACUUAUUUAGCUAGCGCAUACGCUGAAUCGGUCAUGCCGGUUGACUCAGCGCUACCUGUUCCAGAUAACGUGGCUAACGUACAGUGCUUUCCACCGUUUAUUCGUCAACAACCGGGAAGACCUAAAAAAAAUAGGAUGAAAUCUGCUUUAGAAGUUGCACUUGCAAACAAACGUCCUAGGAAAGAGCACAUAUGUUCUCGUUGCAGUCAAAGUGGACAUAAUGCGAGAACUUGUCCGAUAUAA